AUGAUGCUUCUGGGUGCUGGGGCUUCCCCUCUUUUGCCGUGGAAUGUGUGGAAGGAAGAUGCUGCGUUUGCCAAGCUGAAUCGAAUCCUCAAGCCACGCUUAUCGGACAUGGACAUGGAAUCUGUGGCGGGAGAGGGGAAACAAGAACCCGUCAGGGUCCAACAGGAGAAGGAGUCUGAGGAGAAAGUCCACGUCCACUGGCAGUUGGGUUAUCUACUAACGUUACCUCCCUACUCAUCCUUCGUCACCACUCCGACCCUGUUCCUCACUUCUGUUCUUGAGAAGGGCCAAAAAGUGCAGCGACAAAGAGAGGGGCACAACAUAAAGAACAAGACCACGGAUAUGGAAGCGUCUCACCCAGCGCCAGAGGGUAUUAUGUUACCCCCAAGCCCUGUGGACUCGGCAGGUUCGGUUGACUCGACCUCGUCCGGCUCUACCGUCGAGCAUACCAGGGAGCCAGAACGCAGUGAUCACGUCACGAUCACCUUGUCUCUCACGCCUGAUUCGCCUGCCCAAACUCCGAGUCGUGCUUCUUUCAACCGCUCCCACGUCCGCUCACGAUCGAUGAUCGAAGUUCCAGGCGUCCCUCCAAUGACGCGCGCCCACUCUUCCCCCGGGCUGGACUCGCGGGGCAGGUAUAUCUUCGUCAAUGGUCGCGGGGGCUCUGCCAACGCUGGCGACAAUUCAGCUAGGCGUUAUCUGCCGCUGCAGGUGAACACGGGGGGAUCGUCCGACUCGAGAAUGGUGCCCCUGAAUGUCUCCCAGACCAUCUCCGAGAACGCCGAGUUGGACACCAGCAUGGUUACGUCUCCUUCCAAGGCCGACUGGCACCCUACAUCGCCUGUACUCCCGCACACACUUCCUCGCGUCAAUCGUCGACGCCCCUCGUCUCCUUUGAGUUUCCAUCCGCCAUCGUCGCCUGGUUCGGUCAUGGGCAGCCCGUCUCCCUCGCACUCCUCUCCUGGCGUACUCAGUUCGCGAUUCAAUGAGACUUUUCCAGGCUACUCUGGCUCUUCCACUUCAUCUAUUCCCUCGACCCCUACCAGUCUCCGAUCUCGCAGCCCGAGCAUCUCCUCGCUGGAAACCAUUCCGGAUAUUCCCGAUGCGGAAGCAGCAGCCAUAGAGGCGGACAGAAUCGCAGCAUUGAAAGCUGCUGCCGAUAAAGCCGACGAAGCGGAGGAGGCUACCAAUUUGAAUCGACGGCGUGGAACGUCCGAUGCCUCGGGUCCCUCGAGCCCUUUCAUGAACACGCGCGUUUCAUCUGGUGGAUACGGGGUGCGGGCCGAUAAGCGGAAGCGCUGGAGUGUCUGUGGGGCGGAACGUCGUCAAGAUUUGGACCUGGAGACCAUCUGGGAAGAUUGA